AUGCCCACCAUUCACACAGAAAUCGAAAUCAAUGCUCCCGCAGCAGUCGUCAGCCAGAUUCUGUACCAGUUUAACAAGUACCCCGAAUGGAACACCUUCCUGACCUUUGUCCUGGGCAACUCCAACGACUACUCUCACCGACCCCAGGAGCUGGCCAACGAACACAUCACCAUCCAGGUGUGGACCCCCGGCAAGCAGAAGCCCCAAAUCUUUGACUGUGUCGUCAACAAAUGGGAGCCCAACAACCUGUCAUGGGAGGGCCAUCUGCUCAGCAAGCACAUUAUCAAGGGCGAGCACUACUUUGAGAUCGUGCCUGUGAGCGAGAACAAGUGUAUUUUCAAGCAUGGCGAGAACUUUAGCGGCGGGGUGGCCGCAGUGGCCUCCUUCACCUCUGUGUUUGAAAACCUCAAGCCCAACUACGAGCGAAUGAACCAGGAGCUCAAGAAGCGGGCUGAGGCCGGCGUCUCAAAGCUGUAA